CUUUCUCUCCUGUCUGUACCAGAGAAAGAGAGCGAGGGCGCGAGUGAGAGAGAGAGAGAGAGAGAGAGAGAGAGGGAGAGAGAGAAAAGCUGGUGGCAGACUUUCAGACACUAGCGGAGAAGAUGCAGAGAGGAGGUUGAAGUCCCAGCAUUUCAGUAGGUUUCCAUGGCUGACCAUUUCACUCGCGGUGAGGAUGUUAAGAAACUAAAGGUUGGUGAGAAGUUCUGAGGAGUUCGCUCUGGAGUACAGCUUCCACUGCAGACCGAGGAAAAGGAGUAGAGGCAAAAGGUUUGGGACAAACAAGAGUCACAGCCGCCACCACGUAACCUCAGAUGGAGGUGGAUGCAGAAGAGCGGGGUCACCGCACACGCUCCAAAGGUGUCCGAGUGCGUGCAGAGCCAGCAGCGCAGGAAUUUUUCAGCUGCCCCACACCAGGCUGUGAUGGCAGUGGACACGUCAGUGGCAAAUACGCAAGGCACCGAAGUGUUUAUGGCUGCCCUCUGGCUAAGAAGAGGAAAACUCAGGACAGGCAGCCACAGGAGCCCUCCCCUAAGAGGAGGCCUACGCUGAUGCACGCCGACAACUCCUCCUUGGACGAGUGCUACGAGACAGACGGCAUGGAGGAGGUGGAGGAGAAGGAGCUGGAUGAGGAUGACGAGGAGGAAGAUGAAGAGGAGGAGGAAGAAGAGAUGGAGGAAGAGGAAUUUUCAGAGGACAAUGAUGAUCAAGGGGAAGAAGAGGUCUGUGAGGCAGAGAGGGAGGAAGAGCUAGAGGCGGAGACACUGGAGGACGGAGCAGAGGAAGAUGAGGAGGAAGGAGAAGAAGAGGAGGAGGAGGAGGAUUAUGAAGAACACACAAGUGGGGAAGUGAGCGGUCAGAUGAACAGUGGACAGAGCAAAGCAGCUCAGGUGGCCGAGAAAGAUGGUGGCGGCAUCAGCACCAGUGCUGGUGCCGCAGAUGAGUACGAGAACUAUGAUGAGCUGGUGGCCAAAUCCCUGCUGAACCUGGGCAAGAUUGCCGAGGACGCGGCCUACCAGGCCAUGACCGAGUCGGAGAUGAACAGCAACUCAUCGAACAGCGCUGGCGAGGACGAUGAUGAGGAAGACGAGGAGAGGGAGCGGCUGGCGCGUGGUGGCCAGUUAAGCCUGGACGUCGAGAGUGAUGUGGUGCGCGAGACGGUGGACUCCCUGAAACUGCUGGCCCAGGGGCAUGGCGCCGUGCUGCCUGAGCAGCUGGAGGCGGCAGUGGAGGCGGGUGUCCGGGGUGGCCGGUUGGAGCAAAGUGAGGAGGAGGCCGUGUGCCUCAGCAGUCUGGAGUGUCUGCGUACCCAGUGCUUCGACCUCGCGCGCAAGCUGAGCGAGACGCAGCUGGCACAGACGCAGCUGCAUGUCCCCACCCUGGACCACCAACUGCCCUGCCUUGCCCAGGAGCGCCGCUACUCUGACAUGGCCAACCUGAUGAAGCUGGAGGAGCAUCUGGGCCCGGUGGGCAGGGGCUUGCGGGAGCGUGGUGCGUUCCGGGGCACCGAGGAGGACGCCGCCUCUGUGGUCUCGGACCGCUCCGAGGAGGCCUUCGACAUCACUAAGGGCAACCUGUCACUGCUGGAGAAGGCCAUCGCUCUGGAAUCGGAGCGGGCCAAGGUGAUGAGGGACCGCGGCACUCCAGAGGGCGCCCACCUGCACCAGGAGCACAGCCCCCGCCGGAGCUGCGUGGCCGAGGAGCGCAAGGCCCGCCUGCAGCAGGACGCAGCCAGGCGGGCGUAUUACCCGAAAGAGUCUUCACGGGGGGAGAAAAAGGAGAGCAAGUGUCCCACCCCUGGCUGUGACGGGACAGGCCACGUCACCGGACUCUAUCCACACCACCGCAGCCUGUCAGGCUGCCCCCACAAGGAUAGGGUGCCACCUGAGAUCGUUGCGAUGUAUGAGAAUGUUCUUAAGUGCCCCACGCCCGGCUGCACGGGACGUGGCCACGUCAACAGCAACAGGAACUCGCACCGCAGCCUGUCGGGAUGUCCCAUCGCUGCCGCUGAGAAGAUGGCCAAAGUCCAUGAGAAGCACCACUCUUGUGAUGGCCCCAAGUCCUGCCAAGCUUCAGACCGGGUGCUGAGGCCUAUGUGCUUUGUGAAACAGCUGGACAUCCCACAAUAUGGCUACAAGAACAAUGUCCCCACCAGCACCCCGCGCUCCAACCUGGCCAAGGAGCUGGAGAAAUACUCCAAGACCACCUUUGACUACAACAGCAGCUAUGAGAACCACCAUCACGUCUACGGGAAGCGUGCCAUCGCGCCAAAGCUCCAAGGGCGAGACCCUUCCCCGAAGGGAUACGACGCCAAGCGCUACUGUAAGAACUCGAGCCCCGCCAGCAGCACCACCAGCAGCUACGUGCCCAGCAGCAGCAGCAGCAGCGGCCUCAGUUGCGGGGGCGGAGGGGGCAGCAGCGCCAGCAGCACCUGCAGCCGGAGCAGCUUCGACUACACGCACGACAUGGAGGCCGCGCACAUGGCCGCCACCGCCAUCCUCAACCUGUCCACGCGCUGCCGCGAGAUGCCCCAGAGCCUGGCCGGCCCACCGCCGGAGCCCUGUGCGCGGAGCCCUGAUGCAGACGUGGAGGACCAGGGAGCGCUGGACAUGAACAUGACACAGCUGCACGGCGCCCCCGAGAGUAACUGCACAGUAUUGACCCCGCUGGAGCCCAUGUCACCCCGGCGCCAGGCUCUGCUGAGCAGCCGCUGCUACCAGCUGGGUGACGCCGACUGCUGGGACCUGCCCCUGGAGCACAGCGACGGCCCCAAAGAGCCCGCCGACUUGGACCCAUUCCAGGACCUUCUGGAGGACCGCCAGUACCCAGGAGAGGUGACGAUUGCCAGCCCCAAGCCCAAGUACCCUCCAUGCAAGGAGAGCAAGAAGGAACUGAUAGGCCUGUCUGCUUGUCCAAUGGCUGAAAAAGGCAUCCGUAUGAUGGCGACCAAUGCGCAAGACAUCAAGUGCCCCACACCAGGCUGUGAUGGGUCAGGACACAUCACUGGGAACUACGCCUCCCACAGGAGCUUGUCCGGCUGUCCGAGGGCCAAGAGGAGCGGCAUUAAGAUCACGCACAGCAAAGAGGACAAAGAAGACCAAGAGCCGAUCAGGUGUCCUGUCCCCGGCUGCGAUGGCCAGGGCCAUGUGACAGGGAAGUAUGCAUCUCACCGCAGCGCAUCUGGCUGCCCCCUGGCGGCUAAGCGGCAGAAGGACGGCUACGUCAAUGGCUCCCAGUUCGCCUGGAAGUCAGGGAAGACGGAGGGCAUGUCAUGUCCCACCCCGGGCUGUGAUGGGUCGGGCCACGUCAGCGGCAGCUUCCUGACCCACCGCAGCCUCUCCGGGUGUCCCCGGGCCACGUCAGCCAUGAAGAAGGCCAGAAUGUCUGGGGUGGAAAUGCUAACAAUAAAACAACGGGCCAGCAAAGGGAUAGAGAAUGAUGAGGAAAUUAAGCAGCUGGAUGAAGAAAUAAAAGAUUUGAAUGAGUCGAAUACACAAGUGGAGUCUGAUAUGAUCAAACUGAGAACACAGAUCACCACAAUGGAGACUAACCUGAAGUCUAUAGAGGAGGAGAACAAGGUGAUUGAACAGCAGAAUGACUCCCUACUGCAUGAGCUGGCCAGCCUCAGCCAAUCAUUGAUAAACAGUUUAGCUAAUAUCCAGCUUCCACAUAUGAAGCCGCUGCCACACAAAGAGGCUUCCGUUAGAAAUAGCAGCUGUUUACAGACCCAUCAGAGCGAGCCCAUGAAUGAACACAACUUUGACGCCUACGUGACGACACUGACAGACAUGUACACGCAUCAGGAUCAGUACCAGAGUCCAGAGAACAAGGCACUGUUGGAGAGCAUAAAGCAGGCGGUGCAAGGAAUCCAAGUGUAGCGUCCGCUCCGGAGACGAAGCCUGGGGAAAUAGCAGGAAAGCAUCCUGACUCUGUGCUGUAAUUAAUCACACAGUACAACAAGUAGAUUUUUCCAUGUUUUAAAACUACUAUGCUUGAUCAACAUCCACUUAAUUUAUUCGUUUAUUUUAUUUGGUCAUGCUUUCAAAAUGGCUAACGAAAAUAGUUUUCGACGACAUCCACGUUUUGUACGCUUUCAUAAUGUGACGCCAUGUUUAUAGCUGCUGCAGUAUGCACAUUCCCCGGGUACCAGCCGCACGGGGCACACGCUCCUCUGAACAACUGGCGAAAUAAUUGUAGGAUUCAAGAGUUGAGCAGGACACGGGAAACCGAGAAAUGGAAAUGCUCAAAGACUUUUUCCUUUGUCAGAUUAUUUCGUCAGAUUCUUUCUUUGCAAGACCUUGAUGUAAUUUAUUGAAUUCUGAGUUUUUCCAAGUCCUAUAUAUCAUUAAUUGAUUUGUUUGUUUGUGCAUAUUUAUUUAUUUGUGCGAGAUCACAGCAAACAUCAUAACACGAAAACCCAAAUCAUGUUUUAAAAGCACUUUUAUUAUGUUACCAAUUCGUAUACGAUAAGAAGGGAAUGUUCGAUAACACUGACAUAUGCAGUCAGCAGUGUUCCUUAAUUAUUUCUUUGCUUGUUUAUGCGACAUUGCCGUAAACAUCAUUACACGAAAACCCAUAUCAUCUUUCAAAAUUACUUUUAUUAGUAUGUGUCAUCAAUUCUUAUUUGAUAAGAAGGGAAUGUUCGGUAGCCGCUGGCCGCAUCUUUCAGUGUUUUCUUGUUUUACCGUAUAUUGCCAAUGUGCUGACACCUUAAAAGAGGCGAAUCGGAGCAAAAUUUUGUAAAACUGGGCUUUAAUAUAUAAUAGGUUUACGCACAGAAAAGGUAGUGUGAUUUAGCUCUAUUUUGCUUAAAAACUGUGCCGUUUUAUGAAGCACUCUAACCUCAGUAGUAUUUCUUUGUCAAAUAUGCCUGAUCUCUGAAAUUCCAAGGUCUGGGUGUCGUGAUAAAUUAAUCCUCAUUGAACUGAAAUGCAACUGAAAUAGUCUUUGUAUAUGCAAACGUAAAUGAACAGGCAGAACAGUAAUCUUACUGUAUGCUAAAGAAAUAUUUUACAUGAAUAUUUUGAAUACAUAAUUUAGAAAAAUAAACACGGAUGCGAUUUUUUUCCUGUUUUUUUUUUUUUUUUUUAUCUAAGUACUUUAGUUUUGCACACGCACACCAUCGUUUCAUCAUUGUUGAUGUUUUUACACGGAAAAUAUCAUUUGAUUUCCGCGAGCGAAAAUUUACAUAUGAUAAUCAGGGCUGGAAAAACAGGGUUGUCCCCACGAAUGUAGCUGCCGGUCGACUAUUCCCGCUUGUCUUGUAAAUGUAUCUUUAUAAGGAGAGUUGUGUAAUGUCCCGGUGUUCAGAAUUAUUUCAGACACAAAUAGCAUUAAAUGCAUAUAUUGUUACACUACAGUAAUUAUACGUUGCAACAUAAUUUAGAAAAUUAUUAGUCAAAGAAUUUCAGAAGCACUUUUGCAUAUAAAGGCGGUGUAAACAUGAAAAAGUAACUCUUUGAAUUGGUCGUAGAGCGACCGCAACGAGCUUAUUGGUCAAGAAAAUGAAAUUCAGGUACACGAGCACUACAGUGCUUGUGCAUCCCCAUAUUUAAAUGUGCUGUUAGUUGUGUCGGCUAUGUUCUUCUUUGCCUUUAAAGAGGGCUAACGCGAAGGUGCUUCUCCCUGGCGUAAACCGUGCACAUUGUACAAUCCUUAACACGUCCCUUUUAGGGCAUUUUUUUUCGCCUUUCUAUAAAGCAUCGUGUCCGCAGCCUAGUCGAUAUAGUGACGCUUCCAGUAGAGUUAGAGCUAUUGAUACGUUUUCAAUUUUUUUUAAAUGAUCAUUUAUUUAUUUAUUUAUUUGCUUGUUUGUUUGUUUGUUUGUUUAUGUAUUUGUUUUCUUUUUAAAAAAAAUCAACUGUCGUUAUCGGUACAAUGGCAAAGGGAUAUUAAGCACAACUGCUCGUCAACUGUUGGUAUAUAUUGUAAUAUCAAUUUUACCUGUUACUAUUUCCAUAGGGAACACAAAAGAUGAUGUCACAUGUUAGAAUGCUCAAUAGCUGAUAUAUAAAUAAUUGUGAAUUCAUCAGAGUUUAUUCUUAUGUAUCCAUUUCUACGUUCAUUUAAGUACAAAUGAAUAACAAUCGGAUUUUGUAUAAACAAUUGUGUUUUCUUUUCCUUUCUUUCACACUCUUUACCUCUCUUUCUCUCUCUUUCUCUCUCGGUGGAAUUGAAGUUUAAUUUAUUUUUGUACUACACAGCAUGGAUUUAUUAACAUUUUAAUUUUGCUAUAAAUGUGUAAGAUCACAAGUUGCUGUGAUAUUUCAUUUUUAAAUCGUGAACUUUGUACAAUUUUUGUCAUGCUGGAUGUUGACACAUCUUACUCUGAAUAAAUAAAACUUGU